UACCAAGAAAUAAAUUUCAUGCGCCUAUGUACAUUAUAUUCUAAACGUACACUGUGAUGUCAAGUUAGAAAGAGAAAUAAAGUUAUAAUAAAAAGAGAAAGUGAGGUGGAAUAUCCGUGCCCUGAUUGGUUACAUACCUCGCUCACGCAUGUGCAGUUCAUUUUAACAACGCAAUAUCAAAAAGGCAUCGACGGAGAGUUGCGCUACUAUAUAUAUAUUGUGUUAUGAUCGCUAUUACGACUUUGCAACCUUACUGUAAAUCCCUUACGACUUUGCAACCUUACUGAUUAUACAAUGUCUGCUAAAUCAAGAAAAAGUUUAUCGUCAUGGCAAAAAUGCAGCAAAUGUCAAUACUUUCUGAUACAAGAAGAUGUCUCUGAGCAUGAAACAAUAUGUCCAUCUUCCAUGGAAAAUUGGAAACAUCCUUUCAUUUCUGAUAAAAUUUUGUAUAGUACAAUAGAAAUCUUCCAAACGCAGGAAUUAUCUAAAGAUAUUUCUGAAAAGAAUGCUAAUGAUAUGGUAUUUAUCUCGCAGUCAGCUAUGCAAUUAUGUGAUAUUUCAAUUGGAUCAUUGGUUGUUGUUGCAACAAAAGAUGGAAUAAUUGUCAAAACAGCCUAUCCAAUUAAAGAGAAGAGUUUGAUGAGUGUUUCCUUAACAAAGCAUGCUAUUGAACUAAAUAAUCUGUCGGGAUUGGUGAAAAUACAUCCGAUUCGUUCCAAUAUUCAUAUUGCUAAGGAAAUUGUAAUUAGUCAACAAGGAAAGUAUUUGAUGUCCAGUGUGGAACUUGAUAAUAUCCUAAAAUGUUUCAAUGAGCAUAAAAUAUUUACCAUGGGUAAUAAAAUAAGUGUGCCAUAUUAUGGAAAGAAGUUGAUAUAUAAAAUUAUUGAAAUCAAAACAGAGGAAAAUAAGAAAUCGCAAAAUGAAACGGAUGAAAAUAAUUUAUCGAAAAUUUUCGAAAAUAUAAAUCUAAUAGUAGAUUCUACAAAAAUAAUCCUUUAUAAAGCACUGUAUACAACAAAAUGGACAAUUCUGAAUAGUACAAAUAAAGAUGAAGACAGUGUGAGCUCAAAUAAAAAGUAUAAAAUUGAAGACAUAGGUGGAUACGAUGCUCUCAUAUCUGAUAUAAAAGAUGAAGUUGCGAUUGGCAUUGGCAAAUACAGAAGUGUUAAGGGCUUUAAUAUUAACAAAGGAAUAUUAUUAUACGGUCCAUCUGGCGUAGGUAAAUCCAUGAUAGCUAAAGCUAUAAUCUCGGAAUAUAACGUUAACACAUUCAUUGUGCACAGUUCGGAUAUUUAUAGCAAAUCCAUUGGUGAGACGGAAGAUAAGCUCAAAGAAAUAUUCAAUAAAGCGAUAUCCAGUGCUCCUAGUAUAAUAUUAUUGGAGAACAUAGAUAGUUUAUGUCCAAAGAGAAGCACCGCCAGUACAGAUCACGAGAAGAGAGUUCUCACGCAACUAGUGGCACUUUUCGACGAUCUAUACAACACCGACAUAGACGUGUUGGUGAUAGCUACUACCACAAAAUCAGAUCUUGUGGACAGUUCUCUGAGGAGACCUGGCAGAAUAGAUAGAGAGUUUGAAAUUUAUGUCCCGACUCCGAAUAUGCGCAUGGAAAUACUGACAAAAUUACUUUCAAAAGUCUCCAAUACUCUUUCGCGCGAGGAUGUACAGAGUAUCUCGUUCGAUACUCAUGGCUUUGUUGCCGCAGAUUUAUAUGGUUUGUAUACCAGAGCGAUAAUCAAUGCGAUAAAGCACCACGAAAAAGCUAAAAAUACGCCCAACAAUGAACUAAAAGUGACAAUAGCCGAUUUUCAUUACGCCAUGACCAUUACGAAGCCUUCCGCCAUGAAGGAAAUUCUGGUGGAAGUGCCGAAUGUAAAAUGGUCGGACAUUGGUGGGCAAAAAGAUUUAAAGCUGAAAUUAAAACAAACUAUCGAAUGGCCGCUGAAGUAUCCCGAAGCGUUCUUAAGAAUGGGUAGGACGCCUCCUAGAGGCAUUUUAAUGUUCGGACCACCGGGAUGUUCUAAAACCAUGAUUGCGAAAGCUCUCGCUACUGAGAGUAAAGUAAACUUUCUCAAUAUUAAAGGUCCGGAACUAUUCUCAAAAUGGGUCGGCGAGUCUGAAAAAGCUGUAAGAGAGAUAUUCCGAAAGGCAAAACAGGUCGCACCGUCCAUCAUAUUUAUCGAUGAAAUCGAUGCAAUAGGUGGCGAAAGAAGUUCGUCUUCCGGUAGUAGUGGCAGCAACGUACAAGAACGUGUAUUGGCUCAGUUAUUGAUUGAACUCGAUGGUGUCAUCAAUUUGGGUAGCGUCUCGUUGGUAGCGGCUACUAAUCGACCAGAUAAAAUUGACAAAGCCCUUCUUCGACCCGGACGAUUAGAUCGUAUAAUAUACGUUAAACUACCGGACGAGGAAACCAGGCAAGAAAUAUUCGACAUACAAUUGCGAAAUAUGCCAAUCGCAAAAGAAGUAAAUAUCGCAUAUUUGAUCCGUCAAACGAAAGGAUACACCGGUGCAGAAAUUAAAGCGAUAUGCGAUGAAGCUGCUAUGAAAGCAUUGGAGGAGGAUCUUGAUGCUGCUGUUGUUACUGAAAAACACUUCAUCGCUGCAUUUGAUGCCAUUACUCCCAGAACACCCGAUUCCCUCAUCAAGAUUUACCAAGAUUAUAUAAAUAAAGCCUUAUGAAAAUCAUGAAAAGAU